AUGGCACAGCACCACAAAACACCGCUGCAGCACAAUUCUUCAUUGUUCAUCUCACCUCAGGUGAUGACGAGGAAGCAAGAUGUGUUCAUCACGCCGCCCAAUCCACAAAACAACCUUUUUGAGUCGCCUGGUUCCCUGCUGCUGCUGUUCUACAACAUAGAUAAUGUCAGUGGAACAUUACGAAAUGACGCUGCUCAGGGCACAGGAGGCCCUGGAGAAGAGCCAAUAUCCAGAGUACAGAAGCUCAGGUUAUGGAGACACGAGGCACUUUUGCAGCACCAGUAUCUGACUGCGGAGUACAUUGGAGACAAGAUUCUCUCUAUGACAAAUGAUCCCAACGACGCAUUUUGGCUAGCUCAAGUAUACUUUGAGACUGGGAACUACUUGAGAGUAAAGAGUCUUUUGACAAGCAAAUCAGAGUAUGAGCAGUCAGUAGCAUGUCGAUAUCUCACUGCGUUCAGUCUUAUAAAGCUAGAACGUUGGGAAGACGCUUUGGACGUCUUGGGCGAGACCAAUCCAUUUCUGAAGGAACCAAGUCUGAGACCGAGAGUUACAGAGUACGGGAUCCGCUUCGAAGCCUCAAUGUGCUACCUUAGAGGACUCAUUUUUGCGAAUCAGAACAGCUACGAGAGAGCUAAAGAGGCAUACAAGGAAGCUGUCAUGGUGGAUGUCAAGUGCUAUGAGGCCUUUGACGAACUUAUCAAGAAUGAUUUCUUGACGCCGACAGAGCAGUGGGAAUUCAUCAAUUAUCUCAAUUAUUCAGACGCAGAUGAUAACGACGAGCUUAUCAAACUUUUGUAUACCUCUCGGUUGAGCAAGUAUACGAAUGUGCCCAAAUUUGAGGAGGCUGAAAGCAUUCUCAAGGACGAGUACCGUCUAGGUGAAAAUGGCGAUAUCAUGCUUAGCAAGGCAGAACAUGCCUUCGUCCAAUGCAAUUACGACCAGUGCCUUGACAUUUGUGAAGGUGUUCUUAGCAAGGACCCUCACAAUUGCAACGUCCUACCCUACUACAUCAGCUGCUUAUACGAACUUGGCGGUCGUAACAAGUUGUUCCUCAAAGCACACCAGCUCGCUGAUUCCCACCCAACGCAUCCAAUUGCCUGGCAGGCUAUAGGCAUUUACUACCUCUCCAUAAAAAAAGUGAUUGAGGCCAGGAAGUUUUUGAGUAAAGCGACUUUGCUCAAUCCGAAUAAUGGUCAAGCAUGGAUCGGGUUUGCCCACACAUUCGCUUUGGAAGGUGAACACGAACAAGCCAUCAGCGCCUACGCAUUUGCAGCCAGACUUUUUCCUGGCAAUCAUAUGCCCAAUAUGUUUUUGGGUAUGCAGCAUCUUCAAAUGAAUAAUAUCAGCUUGGCGGAAGAGUAUCUUUUAGCAUCACACCAUAUUUGCAACAGCGAUCCACUUCUCUUGAAUGAGAUCGGCGUCAUAUAUUACCACAAAAACCAUCUAGAUCGAGCUGAGGCCUUUCUUCAGGAUGCGCUUUCUGCAGCUCGCUAUCUCAACUCGGAAUCGAAAACAUGGAUCUCCAUCCACGCUAACCUCGGGCAUGUCUACAGACGAGCAGGCCAGUACGAUAAGGCUCUUGAGUGUUUUCACCAAGCCUUGAAGAUGACUCACAGGAAUGACGCAAACAUACUUUCGGCAAUUGCCUUAGUAUACCUCAAGAUCAGAAACCCAUUCAAGGCUAUUGAUGUGCUUCAUGAUUCGCUUGCGAUCUCACCUGAUGAUCCAGUUGCAAGCGAUCUCCUCAAAAGAGCACUCGAGGCAAAUACAGAAACAACCUCGGCAUUUUUCCAAGCACCUACAGCUUUGUCUGAUCCUUCCUCCGUGUCAAUUCCUGCCAGGUCACGCGAGUCCUCUCGGAGACAUAGUUCUACAUUUGGCUCCGCAGGUAAGUUUGCAACGGUUUUUGAAGACAAACCGAGAGAUGCGCCUAGAGAACGCAAGACCAGCGAGGCUGACACCAGUGAUCUUGCGGAACGUCUAAAAAGGGGUGAAGACUCCAGUGAUGAGGAGGUGAUGGAUACGAUGAAUACACACGUGCCCAUAUCUCGAACAGAGCAUAAGAAGCGACUGUUCCACGAUGUCAAAUUCAAUCAGGACCAGGACUGCUUCGCUGUGGCGCACGAGACGGGUUUCUCUGUUUACAACACCAACCCAAUUGAUCCUCGAGUCAGCCGGACAUUCAAUGGCACUAGCAGCUCAGGAACAGGUAUUGGCUUGAUUCUGAUGCUUCACCGUACGAACUACCUAGCUCUCGUGGGCGGUGGCAAAAACCCGAAGUACGCUAACAACAAAGUCAUCAUCUGGGAUGAUCUCAAAAGGAAGGCGAGUCUUAAUCUAGGCUUUAUGGCCCCAAUACGAAUUGUUGUAAUAUUGAAAAACCAAGUUGUCGUCUACGAGUUCUCGGCGCCACCUAAAAAGUUUGCGGCAUACGAGACAUAUGAUAAUGAGCACGGUUUAGCCGAUCUUUCGGUUCAUUCUACAGCGCUGCUGCUGUCACUGCCAGCGCCGUCUUCAAGCUCCUCGCUUCGGUCUAAUAAUGGUACAACCCGAGAGGUUCCAAAAUACCAAAUCUUAGCAUUUCCUGGUCGCACAAUUGGUCAAAUUCAGAUUGUCGAUAUUUCUCCGGAGGGAGUCGAAAAGAAUCUUGUCAGCAUAAUCAAGGCUCACAAGGCCCGCAUUAGAUGUAUUGCAUUGAGUCGAACAGGUGGCAUGGUAGCUUCAGCUAGCGAAACAGGAACCAUUGUCAGAAUACACUCCACCAGCUCCACUGCUCUUUUGUUUGAGUUUAGAAGAGGCUUGGACAGGGCUGUCAUCACUUCAAUGAGUUUCUCUCCAAACGAAUCAAAACUCGCAGUAUUGUCUGACAAAAAUACGCUACAUGUGUUCAACGUUGGAACUUCGAGUGAAACACAACUCUCUGAUAAUCUCGACGGCGAGGUUUCGUCGCGGAAGACUCCCACAAACAGACAGCAUAUAUUGAGCAAACUACAGCUCCCCAUCAGCAUUCCAAACUACUUCCAAUCGACUUGGUCUUUUUGCUCUGUCAACUUGAGUAAGUACCAUACGGACGUUGACGAGAGUAGAGGAACUACUGCAGAUUUAGGCACAAUUGGAUGGGCUGGAAAUUCAAACAUUAUCAUCAUUUGGAAGGAGAAAAAAAUCUGGGAGAACUACUCCAUCGUGGAAAGAGUUGCCAGUGCGACCGAUAAGAAGAAGGGUGAUAUCACGGAGUACGAGCUCGUGCGGUCGAGCUGGAAGAGACUAGACAAUUUUUCUGAUUAA